GAAGCAGCCAAGUGAAGAUAUGCCUGCAGUUAGACAGAGCGUGUAUGAGGGAGAGAGAGAAAAAGAGAGAGCAUAUGAAUGAGUAUGCUUUCUAUGCCUUCUGCUGCUUAGGAUUUUCACCACAGCGACAUACUAUCCAUCUGUGACUGAUUUUUUUUUUUUUUUGCCUGUGACCUGCUUCUGAGCUUGACUGAAUCUCUUUCUCAUUCUCUCUCUCCCUCUCUCUUUCACUCCUUCUCUCUUUUACGUCUAGUUUGCUAUCUCUGCUCCUCUAUUUGCAACUUAUCUCUGUGUCUUAUUUUUCACACUUGACUUAUUUCUGUUUCUUAUUCCAAGUCUGUUCAGACUGACCUACUUCAAUUUCUGUUGUCCAAAUAUUCCGCUCAUUUUCUCUCUCUCUCUCUCCCUCUCUCUUUCAUGGGACUGAUGCAUAUGCAUAUGGCACACAUUGUCUUAGGGAAUAGGGAAUGGUUCACCUCAGGAGAUGUCCAGGGGAAAUGACUGUGACUGUUAGCAUUGUGGAGGGCACAGAGAAGGAUUUCUCCCAGAGUAAGAGUGUUCUGCUGGUCUGACUCAUAACAACUUCAGCACUUCAGCUGAACAUGAAAGAGAACAGAACAACCCUGAAUUCUGCCCGGCAAAGCUACGAUGAUGCCAGAGAAACGGAGUUACAAGCAUUCUUUGGACUGCUCUUCAAAAAAGAAGUAAAAGAUUGUAGCAGCUCCAGAUACAACUAAUUCCCAACAUGAAUGUCACGCCGCACUAUGGACUUAUCCAAAACUACCACAUUGCGAACCACAGUAUUGCAACCCUGCCCAUCAACAGAGACUCCUCAGGAGGGAAGGACUCAUCCGCAUCGGAGGGCUGUUACAAGCAGCUGCUCAUCUCCACUGAGGUUUUCCUUACACUUGGCAUCAUCAGCUUGCUGGAGAACAUUCUGGUGAUUGCUGCUAUCAUCAAGAACAAGAACCUGCACUCGCCCAUGUACUUCUUCAUCUGCAGCCUUGCUGUAGCUGACAUGCUGGUCAGUGUUUCCAAUGCUUCAGAGACUAUCGUCAUAGCACUGAUCAAUGGGGGUAACCUCACUAUUUCAGCCAGUAUUAUUAAGAGCAUGGACAAUGUGUUUGACUCUAUGAUCUGUAGCUCCCUGUUGGCCUCUAUCUGCAGCCUUCUGGCGAUUGCUGUGGACCGUUACAUCACCAUCUUCUAUGCUUUGCGUUACCACAACAUUGUGACAGUCCGACGCACGCUGGUGGUGAUCUCCUGUAUCUGGAUGUGCUGCACAGCCUCAGGAGUGCUCUUCAUCAUCUACUCAGAGAGCACUACUGUUCUCAUCUGCCUCAUUAGCUUGUUCUUCACCAUGCUGGCCCUCAUGGCAUCGCUAUACGUUCACAUGUUCUUGCUGGCACGCCUGCACAUGAAACGAAUCGCCGCCCUGCCAGGAAACGCGCCCAUCCGUCAGCGUGCCAACAUGAAAGGUGCAAUUACUCUUACUAUUCUGCUGGGUGUAUUUGUGGUAUGCUGGGCACCAUUCUUCUUGCACCUAAUUCUCAUGAUCUCCUGCCCACGGAACCCUUACUGCGCCUGCUUUAUGUCCCACUUCAAUAUGUACCUCAUUCUCAUCAUGUGUAACUCGGUUAUCGACCCCAUCAUCUAUGCUUUCAGGAGCCAGGAGAUGAGGAAAACCUUCAAGGAAAUCUUCUGCUGUUACAGUCUCACUAGCUUUUGUGUGUGUGAGCUACCCAGUGCAUACUGACUUUAAAUUAAGUAGUGGGAAAUGACUAUCCUCUGUCAGAAAUUCAACAUACCCCACUCAGGCAUGUUGAAUUUCUGCUAGCUUUGAUUUUCUUAAUCAUAAACGCACUUGACCUUCUUAAAUAGGCACAUUUCCUCACAAUGCCAUUUCAGACUUGCCUUGUAGGAGCUGAAAGAACUGAAUUUAAUCUGCAUUGCAGUUAUGAAGAGUCACAAGAAGAAACAGUGCACAGAGGACAAUAAGUAUGACUGGUUAUCAAAAACAUUAAUAGAAGGAUAUUUUGUGCAUGUGUAAACAUGUGUAUCUGCAGUGUACAGAUAUAUUAUUGCUUAAUGUUCAAAUAAUGAACUGAAGUGUUAAUGAUUCAGGGGAACUCUACAGUAUCUUGUCUUGGGUUACCAAGAAGGUAGGUUUACAUGCCUGUACCAGGAAAACACUUAUGGCCUUUGGCAAAGAAAAUAUAUAUAUAUGUAUGUAUGUAUGUAUAU